AUGGCAGACGAAGCUAAUAGAACUGCAUUCCUUGAAAAUCAAGGUCGCAUGAUCGAAACUACUGGAAAAUUAAAACAGGUGCAAAACCAGAUGCGUACCAAAGAAGCUGAAAAGAAGCGGGCUUUUUUGACCAUGGAGGAACUAAAGCAAGUUCCUGAUGAUACUAAUGUUUACAAAUCUAUUGGUAUGUUUGUAUUGGAGACCAAGGCAUCAUUAAUGAAUGAACAGGAGAAAAAGUUUAAGGAUGGUGAAGCUACAAUUACUACAUUACAGACCUCGAAAGAAUACUUGGAAAAGCAGAUAACAGAGGUGGAAAGCAAUUUGAGAGAACUUUUACAGCAAGAUCCUGGUCUUGCUAGGCAAAUCAUGUCUAUGAAUGUAGUGUAA